GAGCAGCUCAUUUACCCAAUUCUACAGACAUGCACCUAUCACUCUCCUCCUGAAUCACGCCUUCGAAAUGCUGGAAUUGCCGUACAGCUCCAAAUGUUCGAGAAAGACCUUCGUCGUGGUCCGACACCCCAUGGAGAUGGCACAGAAAGCCACGUUGGUUUGGGGCAUAUCAGUCACUCUUCCUAUUUGCUGAAUGCCCCUAGCUCCAGGCUAAGCAUUAGCUGCAUGUUCGUUAUCUGGAACCAAUAUUGUGUGCUUCCCUGGACAAACCCAGCACCAGGGGGGCACCAAGAGGGGCACCGUUGACCAUGGAGAAAAGAGAUAAAGAGUACCAGCGGUCAUCUCGCAGUGUCCUGCUUGAGGCAAACAUCCAAACUACUCUGCAUCUUCCUAGGAGUGACCGGCUGAGGUAUCUGCAAGAUGACCGAUUCCCCCAAGGGACCUGUCUCCCUGAGCAGUCACUCUGACAAAGAAAAGGCCGCGGCCACAGAAACCGGCAUCGAGGAGACCGAUCUCCAGUCUCUUCUGAACCAAUUGAGACACAUUGUUGCUGAGAAUGAACUGGACGUCAACUUUCCAGUUCAUAUCCUCAGCCAGGCGCGGGAGAUCCUCGAUGCCGAAACCCAACACAUCGAUCUCUCUCAGCUGCACGAGGUGAUUGCGGAGAUUGGGAAGCAUCGCGAUCUCAUUGAGAAUGACUCGCCUUAUCCAGAAGUCCGCGCCGUGGUCGACCCGACAGACGACCCUGAGGUCUCGGCCAAUACCUUCCGGGCCUGGUUCCUGGGGAUGAUUGCCACCAUUCUCUUCACCGGCGUCAACCAGCUCUUCACCCUGCGCUAUCCCACCAUCACCAUCUACUCCAUCGUCGCCCAGCUGCUGGCCUAUCCCUGUGGUGUGUUCAUGGAAAAGACUCUCCCCACCCGGCAGUGGAAUCUGUUUGGCUGGAAGUUCAGCCUGAACCCCGGCCCCUUCAACCAGAAGGAACACAUGCUGAUCACCGUCAUGUCGAACGUAUCUUUUGGCGGCACCAACGGCACGGCCUACGUGACCUACAUCUUCCAGGUCUUGAAGGCCAAGUCCUUCUAUAACCUGACAUCCUUGUACGACAAACCCGGCUUCCAGAUCCUCGUCACCCUUUCCACCCAAUUGCUGGGCUAUGGGUGUGCAGGCGUUGUCCGACGCUUCCUGGUCUAUCCUCCAUCCAUGAUCUACCCCAAAUGCCUGUCCACCAUCGCGCUCAACAAGGCCCUGCACAGUGACGAGGGUCGCGAACGGGUGAACGGAUGGAAGAUCAGCCGGUACCGCUUCUUCAUGUACUGCUUCGGCGGCAUGUUCGUCUACUACUGGUUCCCCGGCUACAUCUUCCAAGCUCUGUCCUACUUCAACUGGAUCAAUUGGAUUGCCCCCGAGAACGUCAAGCUGGCCAUCAUUUGUGGUGGCAUCAAUGGCUUAGGCCUGAAUCCCUUGCCCACCUUUGACUGGAACAUUGUCUAUGCGUUGUAUGACCCGAUCAUCUACCCCUUCUACGCGCUCGCCAACAUCGGCAUCGGCACCAUCCUGACUGCCUUCUGUGUCAUUGCCCCCAUCUACUUUAGCAAUGUGUGGAAGACCGCCUACUUCCCCAUCAUCAGCAACGACGUCUACGACGACACCGGCAGCACCUACAACGUCACUCGCGUGCUCAACACCAAGGGCGAAUUUGACCUCGCAGGCUACGAGGGCUACAGCCAGCCCUACCUCACCGCCGGAUACUCCGUCAUGUUCUUCUUCUUCUUUGCCAUGUACUUGGCCACCAUCGUGCACGUAGCCCUCUACAACCGCCGUGAAAUCACCAAGGGAUUCAGCGCGCUCUGGAAAUGGACCAACGCGCGCGAAGAGCACGAAGACGUCCACAACCGUCUCAUGAAGCGGUACAAAGAAGUCCCGGAAUGGUGGUACCUCGUGAUUCUCGCCGUCUCCUUCGUCUUCGGCUGCAUCGGCGUCGCCAAAUACGACACCGGCAUGCCCAUCUGGGGCAUCGUCUUCGCCAUCAUCCUCUGUCUCGCUCUCCAAAUCCCCUACGGCAUGGUCUACGCCAUCACCAACUCCGAAGUCACCAACAACGUCAUCGCCGAAUUCAUCGGCGGCUACGCCAUCCCCGGCAAACCCGUCGCCAACCUCCUCUUCAAAGCCUUUGGCUACAUCGCCUGUGCUCAAUCCAUACAGUUCGUCGCCGACCUCAAACUCGGCCACUACAUGAAAAUCGCCCCCCGAGUCAUGUUCUCCGCCCAACUGGUCGCCACCAUCGUCGGCGCUUUUGUCUCCCUGGGCGUCAACGUCUGGGCCCUCGACAACAUCAGCGACGUGUGUUCCCUCGACCAAGCCCAGAAAUUCACCUGUGCCGGAGCCCGCGACUUCUACACCUCCUCCGUAAUUUGGGGCGCCAUCGGCCCGCGUCGCCUCUUCGGCACGGGCCAAAUCUACAACCCGCUACUCUACGGUUUCCUGGUUGGCGCCCUCCUCCCCAUCCCCUUCUACUUCUUCACCAAAUGGUGGCCCCGUUCCGGAUGGCGCUACGUCUACAUCCCACUUGCGUUCUACGGAGCCGCCGAUAUCGCCCCGUAUAAUGUGACCUACGCGUGGACUCCCAUGGUCGUGGGCUUCGUGUUCAAUUUCUGGAUUAAGAGACGCUGGCAAGCGUGGUGGGAGAAAUACGCGUAUGUGUUUACGUCGGCCAUGUCGUGUGGAGUGGCUAUCUCGGCGAUUAUUAUUUUCUUUGCGGUCGAGUAUCAUGCGGUUAAUAUUAAUUGGUGGGGGAAUGAGGUUUCGUACGUGGGGUGUGAUAAUGAUGCGUGUACGCUGUUGAGUAUUCCGGAGGGGGGGAAGAUCUAAG